AUGGAUAAAGAUCUAGAUGAAAAAAAGUUUAAGCUUACAACAAAAGAAAAUAUCAUGAACUUAAAAAGUAACAAGAAUAAAAUAAUGACAAGUAAAUUCUUUACUCCAAUGCCGGCUAUUCCAAGUAUUGAAUUGCAACCAAAAAAAACUGUUUUGACUAAAAAAAUGGGUAAAUCUCGAGACAUGUAUCGAGACAGAAUUAUUUGUUCAGAAGAAGUCAGUCGGAAGAAAUUAAAAUUAGACAAGGAGAAGACGGAGAUUAUUACUAGAAGAGCUGAUGAAGAAACGAGCAAAUCACCAGAAAAUGAUGAAGAAUUCUUUGAAAAAAUAAGACAGAAAUGCGAAAGUGAAAAGGCUAAAGGACUUUUGGUUCAAGGAUCUCAGCAGAAAAAAGUGAAGAAAAUAAAAAAAUUAUUCAGUGAUGACUGUGUUAAAUUGAUGAAUAAAUUUAAGGAAGCUUGUAAGAAUCCUUUACCUGCAGACAAUGCUACAAAAAUGCCUAAAUUUAAUUCCACUGAAAACUCUGAGCCUAAUGAAAAUUCACUUGAUAAUUUUUCAACUCAAACUAAUUAUCCAAGCGAGGUUUUUAAUAUUAAUAAUAGUGCUUAUCAAGAUAAUCUAAAAAUUCCUGACUCUUCAACCUUCAUCGUUAAUUCACCCAGUUUUUACAAUGACCAAGAGUUUUUGACAAAACUUGAAAGAGAUAAGUUGAUGUCAGAUCUUGAGUACAAUCUAGAAACGCCUAGCUUGCACAACCAAUUAUUAAGUUUCUCAAGUGUGAAAACUCCGGAGAUGAGUCCCAAAAUGAGGACUGCAUCAAAUUUCCCUAAACUUUCAAUUCCACAAUUCUCUAUAGACGAUCCAAGAAAUGAUGAAUCCUUCCCUCUAACGCCUUUUAGAGUUCCAUCACCAAUAUUUAAUAAUAUUCAUGAUAAUAAUAAUAGUUCUAUAAACUAUUUUGAAUAUCCUAUGGGAGCAAAGAGAUCAAAAAAAUUUUUUGAGAAAUAA